AUGGGUAUCAUCUAAGAUUUUAACAAAUAAAACUUUGGAUGUUUGAAAUUAUCUAAAACAUAUAUAUAAGAGUUGAAUAUAAUGAUUACGAAAUUGCAGUUGACAGUGUUUUCUAUGUUUUUAAAUUUUAUGUUGCAAUAAUUCUUGAAUAUGGGAUUCACUCAGUAAUAGAUUUUGAAGGCUUAACAAAUUUGCAAGUAAUAUAGAAACUUAGAGAUUUUGGAUGUGCUUCUGAAAAAUGUUUAGUCUCCAAUAAAAGAUUAAUCUCAAUAACAAUCCCAAUCCCAGAUUUUGAGGGAAUUGUCAUUUGAUGUUUUGACUCCUGAUCAACGAUUGCGAUAAAAGGGAAUACCUGUAGGAUUGAAAAAUUUGGCUAAUGUUUGCUAUUUGAAUUCUCUGGUUUAGACAUAUUUUCAUAACCCAAUCUUUGUGAAGGAGAUAUUGAGCUUUAAAUACCCUGUGCAAUUGAAUUUCGAGGAUCUCUUAAACAAGAAUGAGGCAAAAGCAAAGAGAAUAAAGUCAUCAAUCGAUUUAGUUGUGCAUUUGUAGAGGUUUCAAAAAAUAAAUAUUUUUAGACUGUUUGCUUACUUAGUUCACACAGAUAGAAAGUACGUUGAUCCAUACAGAGUGUUCUUGAAUGUUGUAGAUGAGUUUGGUAAUAGGUUUUAAUUGGGGGAUUAAAAGGAUUGGGCGGAAUUCAAUUUAUAAUUUAUAACAUGCAUUGACGAGGGAUUGAAAUAUCAUGAGAAUAAAAUAAUGGAUGCUGAAAUGUAGAACAAAGAUGAAAGUGGGGACAUGCAUGAAUCAGAUUAGUAUUAGAAUGAUAGAAACAAAUCUGGAAUUACUUAAACAAGAUCUAUGAUACUAUUGGAUGAGAACAAGGCCAAAUUGAUAGAAUAACAGCCAUUGCAAUCAUAACCUUAGAAUUAGACAAUAAUCAAUAGAUUAUUUUUUGGAAAAACCAAAGAGUAUAUCACACAUCCCAAUCAGAGAAAUCAGAGUGAAGAACAGGAGUAAAUAUUCUUGUAGAUUAUAUUGAAUGUGAAGAACAAGAGUUUAUAUUAAGCUUGGGAAGCAAACAAUUCCUUUUCAAUAGAAGGAUAUCGUAAUGGAAGUGAAGUGAUUGAGUUGGCUGAGAAAGCUAUUUGGAUUACUUAGAUUCCUGAUUCCUUGUUAUUCCAAAUAUAAAGAGUGGGGUAUGACCCAGAGAGAGGAUUGAUCAAAUUGAAUGAUGAAUUUCGAUUUGAGAAGGAGAUCUAUGCAGAUAGAUUCCUCUUGGAGAACAGAUAGAAGGUUAUCGAAACACAAUAGCAAUUAAUUGAACUCAAAAUUAAAUAAGCUGAAUUAUUGUUUCAGAUGGAUAAAUACCAAAAUUAUAAUGGCAUUUCAAUGUUAACUGUCUUGAGCACAGCUACUAAGUAUGUGAAAGAGGCGAAACCAGAUGAUGAAAUUAUGCAAUAGAGGAUUGAGUAAUGUAGAUUAAGUAUUCAACUGAUUUUAUAGAAACAUCAGUUUGAAUUGGAUGAAAUUAAUUAGAAGAUUGAAGACUUGUAUGCUAUAAUGAAAAAAUACAAGUAUUUUCUGUAAAGCAUUUUAAUUCAUGAAGGGGCAGCAGAGUCUGGUCAUUAUUAUACUUAUAUUUACAAUCCAUCGUUGAAACAUUGGUUUAAAUUCAAUGAUAUCAAUGUCACUUAGGUGAGUGAGGAGAAAGUGUUGCGUGAUGCUUAUGGAGAUGGCAAAUCAAAAACUAAUGCAUACUGUUUAAUCUAUUAACGUGCUGAUCAUUUUGAACCUCAAUCUUAUUCAGAUUACACGAACAAUUCUGUUUAUGCUCAGUACAUUCAAUAGAAUCUCUAUGAAGAAGUCAAAAAUGAUAACAAAAAGUUUUCAAUCGAACAAUAAGAACAUGAACUUGUAGAGUUGGGAGAUUUGGUAGUUGAGAUUUAUAAUGUAUAAUUCCAAUAAGUAAAUGAAAUGGCUAGGAAAUUCAAAUAUAGAAAUGGUAAUCCACUCAACAAUUUUCCAACCUAUUUGCGCACUCUGUUAGAUCAGAUGAAUGAUCUAGUGAAGUGGAGCAUCUUGGAUUAUGCCAUCAGAGAAGCAUCUCAAGGCAAAAGAAAUUUGAGAGAUUACCAAGAAUAAAUGAUCUUUCAAUAAAGGUGUAUAUCUAUUAUAUUGAUCCUAGAAUCAAAUACAAUUUUGAAUAAUUGA